AUGAUGUCAGACAUUCCUUCACAACCACCGUCACGCGGGCUUGCGGGCAAGGUCGCGAUUGUGACAGGCGCAGGCUGCGCAGGAGAGGGGAUCGGAAAUGGACGAGCGAUAUCCAUCAUGCUCGCCGACGAAGGCUGUAAUGUACUAUGCCUAGACUUGAACCUCAAAUGGGCGCAAAAGACGGCGGACAUGGCAACUGCCAGAACACAGAAAGCGAAGGCACUACCACUCAAGUCUGACGUCACCAACGCUGAAGACUGUGAGGCCGCUGUUGAAACUGCAUUGAAGGAGUUUGGGAGACUGGACAUCCUGGUAAACAACGUCGGCAUUGGAGGUGCAGCGGGUACUGCUGUUGAUGUUGACAUGGAGGCGUGGGCAAAAGGCUUGGAGAUCAACGUCAGCAGCAUGGUACGAAUGGCGAAGUGCUGCAUUCCAGCCAUGCAGAAGAACGAUGGUGAAAUCAGGGGCAGCAUCGUCAACAUGGGGUCGGUUGCGGGCUUGAAAGGUGGUACGCCGCAUUUGCUCUAUCCAACAAGCAAAGGUGCUGUGGUAAAUAUGACAAGAGCGAUGGCAGCGCAUCAUGCACCAGACGGUAUCCGGGUUAAUUGUGUUUGUCCCGGAAUGUUGUACACGCCAAUGAUGUACGCGGGUGGCAUGAGUGAUGAGGCCCGCGAAGCUCGCCGAAAGAGGAGUCUGCUCGGUACGGAAGGCAAUGGGUGGGACACAGCUUGUGCUGUCACUUUCCUUGCAAGCGAUCAUGCCAGAUGGAUCACAGGCGCGAUACUACCUGUCGACGCAGGGACAACAGCGGCUGUAGGCAGUAGCAUGCCAAAGAGCGCGAGCGUCAAUGGGUAA